AGUCCAAAAAUCCUCAUGAUAUUAAGAUAAGGCAGGGCCAUAUAUAUAGACUCCCAAGUUACAUAAAUAUUCAUCAUUCAUUUCAUAUCCAAAAUUUUGCGAAGGUAAAAAAUGGCUUCCUACUUUUCGUGUCCACCAUUUCUAUCACUCCCAAAAACAAGAGGCAAUUACUACUCUACAACUUCACAAUCAGUACUUCCCUCCCCAACUCAGCAUGUCAUCUGUGCAAACUCAGCAGAGCCCGCGGAGCCAACUGAAUGGAUUGCUUCGACGUUGACGAGGCGGUCCGGCAUCGGCGCGGGUCUUGCUUUUCUCGCUGCUGGAGUCGUUUCUCAACAAUCACAACGCACAAGAGAUGUUGAGAAGGAAGAAGAGGUCGUAUUGCCAAACGGCAUAAGGUAUUAUGACGUGAGAGUGGGAGGCGGUUCUAGUCCGCGGAGAGGGGAGUUGGUGGUGAUCAAUGCGAAGGGAAGGGUGCAAGGCAGCGGAGAGGUGUUUAUGGACAGAUGUGAAAAUAGAGCAAUGGGUGUUGUGUUGGGGUCAAGGCCUUAUGGUAGAGGCAUGUGUGAAGGUUUGGAAUAUGCAUUCAGAGACAUGAAAGUAGGCGGGAAAAGGAGAGUGAUCGUUCCACCAAAUCUGGGGUUCGGAGAAGAAGGUGCCGAUAUGGGUGAAGCUCUCCAAAUUCCUCCCUCAGCCACCCUUGAAUAUGUCGUUGAACUUCACAAUGUUUUGAGUGCACCGGCCUGAUAUACAACUCAUACAUAUAUCUACAUUUCUUGUACUUGUUCAAGAGGGGCAAUGCUAUUUGUUUGUUUGUUUUUGUACAUUGAAACAAGGGUAUGUCAACAAGUAAAAUAUGACAAACAUAAUUGAUGUUCA